UUAAAUGUGGAGGUUGAUGACCCUGCCUGUGGUGGUGAGGAUUGAAGCUUCAUGAUCUUGGAGGUCCCUUCCAACCAAGGCCAUUCUGUGAUUCCCACCUGGGUAUCCUCCAAUAGAGUAAGGCUGAGGAAGAGCAAUAGGGUGACACCACCACCAGAACAUCUGAGUGCUUUUCUCUCUCUUUCUCUGACACUGAUUUUGGUGCAAAAGCUGUUGAUCGUAUGAGCCCACAGAAAACUGUAAGUGAAGUGGAUUAGGAGCUUACACCGUCAUGGAGCAAAUUCAGCCCUCCUAAUCUUCUGCUGGGCUAUAAUCUGCAAGACAUUCCCAUUUUACCUCCUUACUAUUUUAAACCUGAAUGCUUAAUGCUCCUGGUGGGGGUCCAUCCUGCUCCUCAUUGGCUGAAGGAGGAUUUGCUGCUACUUAAAUGGCACCCUCUGCUCUGUGUCUUUGUGCUUUUUGCUUGUCGUGCUUUUACAUUUGCUUGGAGAGAGAGAAAGGAACCUGUGUCCAUCACCACCACUGCUGGACUGGGAUCAGCACGAGGCACUUUAAAGGUGAGAAGGAGAACUUCAAAGCUCUAAAACUUCAGAACUCAUCCAUCAACCUGAGAACGCAUCCAUCGACCUCAGAACUCAGCCAUCAACCUCAGAACUCAGCCAUCAACCUCAGAACUCAUCCAUUGACCUCAGAACUCAGCCAUCAACCUCAGAACUCAGCCAUCAACCUCAGAACUCAUCCAUUGACUCAGAACUCAGCCACCAACCUCCAGUUUUGGCUGCAAAGUGACCAUCGCUCUGUGUAAAGAUGGGGAACAUGGAUGGGAAAGCAGUGGAGGAGCUGAGUGCCACCGAGUGCCACCAGUGGUACAAGAAGUUCAUGACGGAGUGCCCCUCAGGCCAGCUCACCCUCUAUGAGUUCAAACAGUUUUUUGGCUUGAAAAACCUCAGCCCGUCAGCGAACAAAUACGUUGAGCAAAUGUUUGAGACGUUUGACUUUAAUAAGGAUGGCUACAUAGAUUUCAUGGAAUAUGUGGCAGCCCUGAGCUUGGUCCUGAAAGGCAAAGUGGAUCAGAAGCUGCGGUGGUAUUUCAAACUCUAUGAUGUAGAUGGGAAUGGCUGCAUUGACCGGGGAGAAUUGCUAAACAUCAUCAAAGCCAUCCGAGCCAUCAACCGCUGCAACGAAGCCAUGACAGCUGAGGAGUUCACAAACAUGGUGUUUGAUAAAAUUGAUAUCAAUGGGGAUGGUGAGCUCUCACUGGAGGAGUUCAUGGAGGGUGUCCAAAAGGAUGAGGUGCUGCUCGACAUCCUCACCCGCAGCCUGGACCUGACACACAUAGUGAAAUUAAUCCAGAACGAUGGGAAGAACCCACACGCCACAGAGGAGGCAGAGGAGGCUGCCCAGUAAACUGCAGGACAUGUCCCCUCAAACUUUUCCUCCCCCUUCCUUUGCGUUAUUGACACAAAAUGGGCUGUGACUCCUGGAGCUGGGGACUGUCCCAGAGCCACAAUGAUGCUGUGACAAGGCACUGGGUACCAAUGAGCACAAGGACUGAUGUCCCCUCUGAACACUUCGCCCUGUUGACACACAGCACUGGGGGGGGGGGAGCCUCUGGUGCCUCUGAAAUCACUGCUGUGUAGGGGUGUGCAGAGCCCCAUAUCUGUGGGCAGGGAGAGCUGCAGCACACAGGGCUCAGGUACACUACAUUAAAGCAGUCAGAGCUCUCACCAAGCCAGUGGCCAAUGUCAGCACCCACAUAGCAUAUCUAGGUGGGAGCUCAGCUCAUAUGAGGACUCCACUUCUCAGUGGGACCUCAGUGGGGUCCAGAGCUGCUGCAAGCAGGGAUAGGGCACAUGUCUGUAUGCAGAGACCCCAGCUGGUCUUUUGCAUGGGGAGAAUGGCCCUUCAAAGAGCAGAGCGGUGUUUGCUUGUGCCCCCAAAGCAGAUCUGAGGCAUCUCUUUCCAUGUAUAUUUUCAGAGUAUUCUCAGUGUUUUCCCCAAAGUCAAAUGGCUUUGGUCUCACGUUCUUUCAUUUGUUGCUAUUACGUUAGUGAUAACAUGAGACCAAAACAUCUCUUAGUUAUGAAAAGGAGAGAGGUGAACACAGUGGCUUUUCUUUGUUUUAAAGCAUUCAGAACACAGAAUGGUGCCUUUUUUCUAACAUCAGUCAGAACUUGAAGGGUAUGCUCAUACCUGCAACGGUCACAAUGUCAGUAAACCCAGAGGGACCAUGUUGGGAAUUCUCCUGCAUGUCUCAUCACCCCUCCAUCAAACAAACCCUUGCUAUGCUCUGUGGCACCCUCUGCUUUCUGCUCCACAGGGCAGCGAUGGUCUCCAUGCAGUUGGGUGUGCUGCAGAGAUGGGCUUCACAAACACCCCAGCUGUGGGGAGCAGGCAGCCCCAGCACCCAACAUCACAGCGGGCACGAGCACCAUCCCCCAUGCACCCACCCAACCCUCCCUGCAGCUCCCUAUUGUUUCCUCAUCUACUGGGAGCCAAUUUCAGCACGAUGAGGCAAUGCAGGGUACAAGGAAGGAGCUCUUGCCCGCCCGAAGGACUUUGUUGUGUAUCUCUGGAUGCUUUGCAAUUCACAAGAGACUUUUUGGUCCAUAUUUUUUUUUCCUGCUCGUGUAUCUCAUGCUGAGGCACCGUACCUGGAAGCUUUUGU